AAGGAGAAACAAAAAAACCCAAACAUUUCAUAAAAACCCAUUUCGCCAAACACUCUUACAACUUCACUCCUGCACAGAAAACCCUAGGUUCAACCAUGAAUCCGUUCAACGGCAACCGCGAGGAUCUCAAAUCUACCGUCAUAUAUUGCUGGAGAUGCGGCAAGGAAUCCAAGAAUCUUGAAGAGUCAGGUGAACACCAAGAUGCCCACAACAGGGGCAAGGUCCAACCACCAGUGAAUGAGGCAAAGGCAAAGGCAAGGAAGGCAAGGAAGGCAAGAACAAGAACGCUAAGCAGAUCAAGACUGCUGCCAAGGAAGGGAAGAAAGCGAAGCAGAUGGGUAAGAAAGGCAAGAAGGGGAAAUGAUAGUGUUUACACCUAAAAUAAACCAAUAGAGUAAAGCCACUUGUCAAGCCUUAGCCUAGGUUUGUUCAUCUUUGUUCAUAUUUUCUUCCGUAAAUUCCAAUUUAGAUUGAUUUUUAAGCAUUUGGAAGCAACUUAGCCUUCAAAACAGGUCUGCCAUUUUGAUUUGGUUAGUUUUUCUUCUUUUUUUUUUAUGAAUUUAGUUAUGUUAUUCGUUCAUGUAAAUAUGUUGAAUGUUUUCUAUCUUUGUUCUUUUGUCUCUGCACAAUAUCUAGGCAUUCAGUUUAUUUAUGUUUACACCAUAAAUUGCAAAAUUUUAA